UGUGAUGUCUUCCUAUUAGACUGGGCAGCACCAUAUAAGGAAACAAAACGCCACCCUUCUCAGCGAACUAGUUGCUAAACCGCUGUUGCAAAUGUGACACUGUGCUAACACUAAAGCCUGAGAAUACUCUCAAGAGGCAGCAUGAAGGAGAGGCAGACUUUGCCCGAUCCUCCAUGUUGAGAAAUUUCUGAGAGCAGGGACCUUGAAAGCCUAACGCCAACCUGCUGGAAGAUGUCAUCAGCUGUGUCGGACCUGGAGGCUGAGCUUAAGUGUGCCAUCUGCCUGAGCAUCUAUAGGCAGCCCGUCCAGCUGGGCUGUGGACACAACCUCUGUGGCUGCUGCCUGGAACGCUUGCGGGGGGGACGGGACAGCUAUUCCUGCCCCGAGUGCCGGGCCGUCUUCUCCUGCCGCCUGGCUCCGCAGAGGAAUCUCAAGCUGGCCAACAUUGUGGAAUGCUUCUGUGCCUCAAGGAUGUCCACGCAGUCCACAGAUAUCCAGCACGAAUGCUUGCUUUUGGAAAAAGGUAGCGAUGGCAAGUCAGAAGAGGAGGUUCCACCUACAGUCACGGGGUGCGCAGAACACAAGGAACCCUGGGAAUUUUUCUGCUGCCAGCAUAAGGUCUGCCUCUGUCGGUCGUGCUGGGAAAAGCACCGUGAGCACAGUUGGCAGCCUCUGGAAAAGGCGGCAGCAGACAGGAGGGCUACGCUGCUAGAGGAAGCUGGGAGGCUGGAGCAGGCCCAGGCCCUGCUGCAGGACACAGUGGACUGGCUCCAGGGUGCACAGGCCCAGCUGAGAGCGGACCGGGCCAGGCUGAGGGAGCAGGUAUCAGGACUUUUCACCAGCAUCCGGGAAAUACUCACAACCGAGGAACAUGGAAUUCUGGACUCCAUUGAGGCCGAAGAGAGAAUGGAGGAUUCCCGGCUGGCGGACCGUGUGGGAGAGAUGAGCAGCAAAAGGGACGCUUCCCAGCAGCUUCUCGCUGAGGCACGAGCGCUGGCCCGAGUGGAGCUGCCGCACUGGCAGUUCAUCACCUUGUAUCACGAGACCUUGGACAGGCUGCAGAAGGCCGACGUCCACGUGCGGAGCAUCACCGUGCAGAAGCGAGAACUGGACAGGCCUUCCGUCAGCCACGUGGGAAAGGAGUCCCAGCUUCUGGUGAGGAGGAUUGGCAAGAUGAUCCGAGACAAGACCGGCCAAAGCCAGGAGCUGCUGCUGAAGUGGAGCCCCUCGGCCAGAACGCCUGCCCCGAGACAGAGGUCACAGACUAUCCCGACUCCCGCAGAAGUAAACACGUCCAGGCUGACCCUGGAUCCGAACACCGCCCACUGCAACCUGAGCCUGUCUAGCGAUCUCCGCUCUGCGGAGUGGGUGGAGCAGAGGCGGCCAUGCCCUGCCCACCCUGAGCGAUUCAGGCUGCACCCACAGGUCCUCUGCUCCCAGGGAUUUACCUCUGGGCAGCACUCCUGGGAGGUGACCCUGACGGGGACACGUCGCUGGGAGGUGGGGGCCACUUGUAAAGGGCCCGGUCCAUCCUGGGUAGACUCCUGCAUCGCCUGGGCUCUGCGCUGGGAUGGCCGGAGGCUGCAGGCAUUUGAGGGCAAUACACGUCACUCCAGCCCCCUGCUGCACUCCAUGCAGCAGGCCCCGGGAAGGAUCAGGGUUUGCCUGGACUGUGAGGGAAGCAUGCUCUCGUUCUUUGCCAUCGCUGAUGAAUCUGCCCCUGGGAAGGAUAUUAGGAAUCUGCUGCAUACAUUCCACAUUAAAGCGCAAGGUCCAGUCUUCCCGGGAUUCUACCUGGAACAGUCCAAGGUGAACAUUGUGUAGUGCUGCCUCCUUAGAACUUGGCCGGACGUUGCCACGGUGACGGGAGGGAACAUGCUGAGCAUCAGCAUUGCUCUGGAUGGGGUGUCAGAGCAGCAAGUGAAGCUGUGUGACACGGGGCUGGGCCAGCAGUAGGAGAAGUUAUCAGAAAAAAGAAAAACUAAAUCAGGAAGCCAGCAUGGUGAGAGGAAAACAAAACUGAAUUGAUCUUGGGGCUGGAUUUCUUGGGAAGUAACCGAAUGACCCAAAGUGGACUGGCAUCAACACCAGGGUCUGGGCUACUUCAAGAAAGGUAGAAGAGAAAAUACCAAUAUUUACUAGACUCAGAAUGAGGGAAUCAUUACAGGAAUUCCAGGUUAUCUGGCUGUCCGUCCUGAGAAGCCCACUGACCCUGUGCUGUCCGUCCCCCAGCUGGGUUAUAAUGUAGUUAAGAAAAGUAAGUUAUUACUAAAGAUAUUACUAAUCAAGGUAUUAAAACAUCAUUCUACUAGCACAUAAAGAAUGUUAUCCUUGUUCAGAAACACAACAUCAAUUAUAUACUUGAUAAUGUUGGUUAUACAGUAUUUUUUUAAAGCAGAUUCAUAAAACAAAUUAUCCCCCCCCCCAAAUUAAGAAUAAAUGAUCACACCAAUGGUGCUUUUACUUUUCAUUGUUUCUUAAAGUUCCGAGAACGUGAGAUAGUCAUUGAAAAAUGGCUUUACUCCACUCCCAUGUAAACUGUGGUUUCAUACACCAGUUGUGCCUCAGAUCAAAACACAGGAAGUAGGUGGGGUGGUUUCAGUUCUGCAGUAUGAAAAUAUCAUGAGCUACGAGGAGCCUGCAUGCAGGCCAGGUCCCUAAUACAGAGUAUGUACGGUAAAUGUAGACACUUGAAUUUAUUCUGCAUAUGCACAGUACUGUGCAAAGGUCUUAGGCGGCUAAAGAAAAUAAUUUAAAUGAAUGUCACAUUGUUAUAAAACAAUGCUAUUAUGCCUGUCAUAGUGUGUUAGCUUAGCCCUUUCAAAUCCUCUGCUAAAAUCACUCCAUUAUUGGCAGGAACCAUCCAACGCACCCAUGUACUUUUUGAUUCGACCACUAGCACAACUCACAUGGCUAAUCAAUAUCUCAUUGAUUUUUAACUAAUUAAAUUAAUGAAUUAAAUAAGCUGGUGGUGAAAUUUAACAAACACAUGG